AUGGACCGAUAUCAGCGCAUCGAGAAGGGCGGCACCAUUGGCGAAGGCACGUACGGCGUCGUGUACAAGUCGCGAGAUCUCAAGACUCAGAAAGUAGUUGCGCUCAAGCGCAUACGCCUCGAGACGGAAGACGACGGUAUUCCCAGCACGGCGCUGCGCGAGAUCUCCGUGUUGCGGGAGCUGGAGCACCCGAACAUCGUCAGUCUGCUGGACUGUCUGCAGGAGGACGGCAAGCUCUUUCUCGUGUUUGAGUUUAUGGACAUGGACCUCAAGAGGUACAUGGAGCAACACAUUGGCAAGCUCGAGCUCAGCCAGAUCAAGAGCUUCUUGUACCAGCUGCUCAAGGGUCUGGCGUUCUCGCACUCGUGCGGCAUCAUGCAUCGCGACUUGAAGCCACAGAACCUAUUGGUGAACGCGAAAGGCGCGCUGAAAAUCGCCGACUUUGGUCUAGCGCGGGCCUUCAGUCUCCCGAUCAAAAAGUACACACACGAGGUGGUCACGCUAUGGUACCGAGCACCCGAGAUCUUGCUCGGUCAGGAGGUCUACUCGCCUCCUGUCGAUAUCUGGUCUGUCGGCGUUAUUUUCGCCGAGAUGGUUUCGAAGAAGCCGCUCUUCCCUGGCGACUCCGAGAUUGAUCAACUGUACCGUAUUUUUAGAACAUUUGGCACACCGAACGAUGCAUCAUGGCCAGGUGUUACGAAGCUGCGCGACUAUGCGCCUACGUUUCCGAAGUGGAAGAGAAAAAACACAUGCGAGCUCUUUCCCCAGAUCGACGAGAGUGGAUUAAAUUUGCUGGAGUCCAUGCUGCGCUACGAUCCGUCGACGCGAAUCAGCGCGAAAGAGGCAUUGCGACACCCGUAUUUCGAUGAUGUAGACGCUGAGUUUAUGUAG